UCGAAUCAGCUUUAUAAAAAGAACCUUCAUUCAGUAUUUUGUUAUCGGAUUUUAACAAUAACAGUAACAUAAGUUACAUCCAAUUAACAUAUAAAAAACAUCACAUAGUAAUUACUUUAAAACAGAUGAUGUAUAUGUAUAAAAAUAAUUCAACGUUUACCUGUGCCAAAUAUAAUCCACAUAGUUUCUACAUAAAUGAAUGUUCAGGAAAGCGUGAAAUGUUGUUUAAUAAAAUCAUUCAAGAAAGGUGUCAUACAAAAUGGGUAAGUAUGAUUUUGAAAUAGACAAAUAUUAAGUACUCUCUUAUUAAACAUCAUUCUCCUGAUAACGGGAAGUGGUUUGAAAUUUAGGUUAACACACAGUGACUGCAAAUAAGAUGUUAAUAAUAUUCAUAUGAUGAUGAUGAUAAUGAUAAUGAUGAUGUUGAUGAUGAUAUAGGUGUUGGUGAUGGUAGUACUGGUGAUUUUGAUGAUGUAGAUGAUGAUGAUGGUGGUAGUAUGUGCUGGUGGUGAUGAUGAUGACGAUGAUGGUGGUGGUGGUGAUGAUGAUGAUGAUGCGGAUGAUGAUGAUGAUGAUAAUGGUGGUAUUGAUGAUUAUGAUGAUGACAACGAUGAUUCUGAUACUGAUAGUGAUGAUGGUACUGGUGAGUUUGAUGAUCACGAUGAUGAUGAUGAUGAUAAUGAUUGUGAUGGUGAUAAUGAUGAUAACGAUGCUGAUGAUAAUGAUUGUGACGAUGAUACUGGUGAUUUUGAUGGUCACGAUGAUGAUGACAAUGAUUGUGAUGAUGAUAGCGGAAAUAAUGAUGAUAACAAUGAUGAUGAAAAUGGUUUUGGUGAUGAUACUAUGAUGAUGAUGAUGAUCGGGAUACAAGUAAUAGUAAUGUUUCCAAAUUGUUGGAUUCUUUUCUAAUAAAUAAAAAGUAAAGUUAGACAAAAAAUUCAAUUUCUUAAGUAGGAGAUUAAUCGACCUAGUGUUAUUUAAAGAAAUGGGAAUAAAACAAAACGUCAAACGAUCAUAUUUUAACGGUUAGUCUAAAAAAAAAUCUAACAAAUCAUUUUAAAAUUGUAUCUCAAUAAUAUAUUAUUUAAAUGUCCUUAUGUACAUGAAGCUAAUGGCAGUAAUCUUGGAUGAAAAUGUAAUGAAACUGCAAACAGUUCCUAAAACGUUUAUUUUGAUAUAUAAAACCCCUUUUUUACUGAAAUAAGCAGUUUCUAUCACAAUCGCAUCUUUUCGGUCCUUGAUAAGGUAUUUCGGUUAAAAUUAAUACAUGAAUGUAAAUAAAUAGUAAUUUAACGCUAGGAGCUACUGACUUAGUUUUGGUAAAGGUCCACGUAAAUGAGGCAAACUUAUAGAUACAAACGUAAACAGUACAUUAUUUUUAUACUUAUUAUUAUGAUAAUAGAAACUGCAAGUACAAAAUAAUGACAAUUAUUCGGAUUUGAUUAUACCUGUACAUCAAAGAGCAUCUUUAACUGACUAUGAUUGUCAGACAUAUUUUCAAUCAUCAUUUUACCGAAUCAGACUUUAUUUUUUUUUUUUGGAUGUCAAAUAUAUACAUUCGUUAUACAUUAUCGAAGAUAACAUCCUCUGUUUUUGCUAAAACCACGUGGUAAGUCCGAGGGCAUGAGAGAUAACAGCCCAGAGGAGGUUCCAAUUGUUUCUCUUUAACUAGAUAGUCCGGUCUGUACCGGUUCUGUCAGGUUCUUACAUUCUCAUUACUUCGUCAUAUGACGGUGGUAGAUCAUCAUAUCGACUUUCAAUCAAAUCUGAAGAAUGUGGGCUGGUUAUUUCUGUCACAAAAACAAUCAAUUUUGUUGUUUUUAAUUUUUCCGAGGAAUCACAUUUUCCAGAUAUUGAUUUCAUUUGAUUUUUUUUAAAUGGAUAUCAAAGAUUAACACUGUUUAAUACACUAAUAUAUCAAAUCGCCUAAAAUGUCAAUAAUUACCACAUAUUUCGCUGAUGAAAUAAAUAUCAUGAUAGACAUUCGUAAUUACAUAAUAGUUAAUAACAAUUUUGCAUUUCUUUCUAUUUUGACCACUGCUCAAAACAUUUUAUGUCCCAUGUUAGAAUCUAUAAACUAAUUGUACUUAUAGUUGAAACCGAUGUCUUUCUGAUCAGAACUGCAUAUUUUUAAUGUAUCAACUUUCAGCCAGCCCGACUCUUCUAAUAAGUCUAAACAGUUUUAAUAUAUAUUCUCAAUCUAGUAACACUAUGUCAAACAAAAACGUUGUAAGUUCACGCCAUCUUCAUACUUCACAGCCACACUAGAAUUGCACCAAGAAGGGUGCUGCAAAGAAAUGUGAUAAAAUAAUGGGGAAAAAAGGUACAAAAGUUCAUAGGCAGUGAGCAACCUAGCCAACAAUCCAAAUUCAUAUCAA